AUGGAGAGGAGCCAGAAUUGUCAGGAGAGUGCUGUCAAAGGGUUGUUGAAUGAACGUUAAAUGAACGCAGAGUAGCUUCAAGAAAUAUUUCAAGUUACUUGAAAAUACUCUGUCCAUUGCUUUUUCCAUCACGAACGAUUGGUCGCCUAUCGGACUAACUCGAUCGCUUCUUUUUUUUUUUUUUUUUUUUUUAUUCCAGGUAAAACAUUCUGCCAGUCUUGCAAGAAGAAGUGCAGCGGGGAGGUACUACGAGUGCAGGACAAGUAUUUCCACAUAGGGUGUUUCAAGUGCGCUCAGUGCAACACGAGCCUAGCGCAGGGUGGCUUUUUCGCUCGCGAGGGCUCUUACUACUGCACCAAGGAUUACAGGGAACGCUGGGGCACAAAAUGUGCAGGAUGUGGUGAAUACGUGGAGGGCGACGUGGUCACCGCAGGGGACAAGCACGCUUUUCAUCCUAAUUGUUUCCACUGCCAACGAUGCAGACAGCCGUUGCUCGGCCAGGGGACCAAAGUGUCCCUCGUCCAAGAGCGUGUGCGUCAGCUCGCGGUCGGAUCGUCGACCGGAUCUGUUCAAUCUCAAGCUAACCGAGCGUUGUCUAUAGGUCAAGCUCUGUGUCAUCGAUGCGUCGGUAUCCCGGUUCGAGAGGCCUCGACGCCGGUCGGCAAUAACUCCGCUACCAGAGGAGCCGGAGACGGGCCCUCUGACCCCGGUGCCUGUGCUGGUUGCGGAAACCAAUUACGGGAAGGUCAGGCUUUGGUCGCUCUUGAUCGACAAUGGCACGUAUGGUGCUUCAAAUGUCACAGCUGCGACACCGUGCUCCAUGGAGAGUACAUGGGCAAAGACGGGGUGCCUUACUGCGAGAAAGAUUACCAGAAGCAGUUUGGUGUGAAAUGUGCCUACUGCAAUCGUUACAUCAGCGGAAAGGUGCUGCAAGCUGGCGACAAUCAUCAUUUUCACCCGACCUGCGCUCGUUGCACCAAGUGCGGCGAUCCUUUCGGUGACGGAGAGGAGAUGUACUUGCAGGGGGCCGCCAUUUGGCAUCCGCGUUGCGGACCAGGUCCUAGCAGUCCAAAUGGUAUCGUGAAUGGCCACGGCGAAGCUCACACGCCGCAGCAUCGAGAGUCAGAGCGGAUCUCCAGCAGCGCUUCGGAGAUGCAGUAUUACCCCGCGCGAACUGGCAGUCCUGGACUGAUAUUGAGAGAGUACGGACGCGGUCCAUCCGAAGAUGUAUCUAGGAUUUAUACUUACUCGUAUUUGACUGAAACGCCGAGCCAAGGGUACUUGAGACGUCCGAUACAACCGUACGACAAACCUCCGACUAGCCCACACUUUCAUAGACCUAGCUCGUCACGUUCGAUAAGAAGCAGUGGCGGACGCAGCAGCCGAUCUGGAAUGCGUGCUCUGGUCGAUGCUCUCAGUGAGACCAGACCGAAGUCACCGGCCAGUCAAGUAGAUAAUGACGAGCCAAUAGAGCUGGCGCAUUACCCGGACGCCAUGAAACCUCCUCCUGGAGCCAAACCGCCGAUCGAGAGAGACGAUUUCCCUGCUCCGCCUUAUCCGUACACAGAUCCUGAGAGACGUAGACGAUGGUCCGACACUUACAAGGGAGUACCUGCAUCGGAUGACGAGGACGAGGUGGACAACAAGACGUACAUAAAAGAAGUAGAGGAGAAACUGAAGAAAGAACAGGACGAGCUAAGCAAAAUCGACACUGGGAUAGCGAAGGUCUUUCUGCAAGAUCGUGAAAAAGAUCGAGAGAACUUGAGACACAAGGCCGCGAACGUCGAUCCUAGAAACGCAUCGAGGACGCCAUCCGCAGCCAGAGAACCGACUUACAGAUUGCGAUACGAGAGUCCGGUUGGCGCUUUUGUGAGCUCCCUUCGGCACAUCCCGAAGCCAGGGUACGGUCUGGCACCGCGAAGUCACACCUUCUCCUCGACCGGCGGUUCUGUAUCUGCUCUCCCUGUAAGUCUUGCACCGCGUCACAAUCGACGACCAAACCAAAAAAAAAAAAAAAAAAAUCUUGCACCGUUAUUGCUGAUUUUUUUACAAAAUAGAAAAAUGGGAUGGGAGACAAGACGCACAGCACUGAUUUCUCAUCUGGCAAAUCAGAUAGUGAGUAAACCCAGAAAGGAAACCGAUCGUACACUGACAUACACACACGUACAUAUACCGUUAUCUUGCAAAUGAUGGUGGUAUGCUGCCAUCAUCUACCACGUAUACAGGUGGCCUAGGUUCAGUAGUCGGGAAUCACGGGGGCCAUCACGUAAGGAGAUCACUGCCAGACAUGGGAACAGCACCGUCCGAACCACCGAAACUCUACCCUUACCACUUACUUGUCAUCACCAACUACAGGCUGCCCGCUGACGUGGAUCGUUGCAAUCUCGAA